UUUCACAUAGAGAGAGAGAGAAAGAGAGGUGGAGAUUGGAGGAGAGAAGGAACGACGGAGACGGAGAGGAAUGGGGACGGUCUUACGACCAGGAUGGUGUAAGGACAGGGGUGAGAGACUGGCCAGGAGAGAGAGAGAAAGCUAAACCUGAACCUGAACCUGCCAGUCUCCAGAGCCAGACAGACCACUCUCUCUGACCAAGCUAGGACGUUCCAACCAGAGGAGAACAAUGGCCUUCCUACCCCCUCACUGUACCCCCCUCUUGGGCUUGUGGCUGGCUCUGUAUGUCCUCCUGGUCCGGGAGGUCCAUGGAGAAGACCCCACUAGUCAUCAGAUUGGCGGUGGUGGCGGGGGCUCCCAGUGCGGGGACUACAGUAACCAGGUGAUGGAGGAUGGGAUGUGCCGUCUGGUGGCCACCCUGCCCCAGACCGAGGACCAGCGCUGUCCAGACAUGUUCCGUUGCACAGACGAAGUCUCCUAUUGGCUGCAUGAGAACGAGGAGAGGAAACAGCAGAUUCUGUCGCUGAGGGAGACCAUCUCAGAGCUUCAGGAGGAGCUGAGGAACCACAGGCACCGCGUCAAGGUUCUGGAGCUGCAGAGCGAGGAGAAGACCCGUAUUAACUCAUCCUUGGAGCAUCGUUUCCAUGAAUUGGAGACUCACUAUGCCGAGGCCACCACACUAGUGCACUUACAAGGGACCCUCAUCUACGACCUACAGGCCCAGAUCCAUAACCUGUCUCGGCUGGUAGAGAGUGUACGGAGGAACCCUGGCUGUAUGAUCAACAUUGUCGGUACCAGCCCUCAGAUGAGUUCAGAGGAGGCCCUGCAUCCAGAGGUACAGCAUGUGAGGAACUGUCCUAUAGAUUGUGCGUCUAUCUACUAUAACGGUGUGAGGCGCUCUGGUCUGUACACGGUGGUGCCUUCACUGGGGGUUAUGCCUGUCGAGGUUUACUGUGACAUGGAGACAGAGGGUGGUGGCUGGACGAUGCUCCAGCGGCGUGUGGAUGGCUCUGUGACCUUUGACCGGAGCUGGAGGGAGUAUAAGGACGGGUUUGGUGAUAUGCAUUCUGAGUUCUGGCUGGGUAACGACCACAUCCAUGACCUGACCAGCCAGGGAGACUAUAGCCUCAGGAUUGACCUAGAGGACUGGAGCAACAAGCACAAACACGCCCUCUACCAGAGCUUCAGUGUGGAUGGGGAGGACAGCCAGUACUGUCUCCAUGUGUCUGGGUUCAGUGGGACGACGGAGGACUCAUUCAGCUGGUACCAUGACAAGCAGGGCUUCAGCACCCCCGACACUGGCAACAUCUGUGCUGAGAUAUCCCACGGAGGCUGGUGGUACAACCAGUGCUUCUACGCCAACCUCAACGGAGUCUACUACAGAGGAGGCCGGUAUUCCCCCAAGGGGAAGAACCCUCUAGGACCAGACGGAAUCGUGUGGUAUUCCUGGAAGGACUCGGACUACUACUCUCUAAGGAAAGUCAGUAUGAUGAUCCGCCCACGUACCUUCCGCCCACACAUGUCGCCCUGAGAAACCACCGCAUGUUCAUGACAACCACCCCUGAUGACGGUCAGGCUCCAUAAUGGCUCGUCUGAUCUGAUGACAUCACCACAGACGUACAUGCUCCACACUUUUACAGUGAAAUGUGCUGUAAACAUUACUCACCGGUCUGGAGAUGGAUUUUCAGUGUGUGCACAUAUUUUUGAAUGUGUGUGGAUAUAUUUUUGCAUAAUGUUUAAAUUUGCAUAUGUGGCCAUGCCACCAAUAAGCCUGACAGGUACAGGAGGCUGGUGAGGCGAGGACGGCUCAUAAUAAUGUCUGGAAUAGAGUGAAUGGAAUAUUAUCAAACACAUGGAAACCACAUGUUUGAUACCAUUCAAUUUAUUCCGUUCCAACCAUUACUGAGUCCAUCCUCCCAAAUGAAGGUGCCACCAGCCACCUGUGCUCAGUGAGAAGCUCAGUCCUGGAUACUGUGGCAUGUUGUACUAAAGUCUUCUGACCAAUACAGACACAGCAACAGAUAUUGUCCAGUGAACUCUGAGAAACAAGUAUUGAAUGGAAGGUGUGGCACACGUCGAGAAGUGUUGACCUGUCUAGAAGAUGGCUGGAGUUACAUAGAUUCCACAGUCCUGUACUAUAAUAACAUGACUGUGCCAAACUAACAGCCUAUUGCUGGAGGGAUGAAGGGGAACUUCCCUCCUAUAGAUCCACAGGCAGGUGGACAAUAUACUAUACAUUACAUAAAAUGGUAUAUAUUAUACCAUACAUAAUAUAUAGAAGAGAAAAGACACUGUUUAAACUGCAAUGUGUGUUAGUGUGAAGACUAAGGGCUGAAUCCCAACUAGAAAAACACAAAACUCAGAUUAAUGUAAAUAUAACGUUCUUACAUUUUAGCUCUUAACCAGACUGACUUAAAGGAGCAAUUAGGGUUAAGUACCUUGCUCACGGGCACAGACAGAUUUUUCACCUUGUCGGCUUGGGGAUUCAAACCAGCAAACUUUCGGUUAUUGGCCCAACACUAUUAACCACUAGGCUAACUGCCGCAGUUCUUAAACUGCAGUUAGCGUUCAAACACAAGGAAGUGUGGGUGUUUACGGCUUGUGUGCAGAUUGAGAUAUUUACCUAUUUGUGUGUGUAGAUUGAGAUACACUACAUGACCAAAAGUAUGUGGACACCAACUUGUCGAACAUCUCAUUCCAAAAUCAUGGGCAUUGACAUGGGAGUUGGUCCCCCCUUUGCUGCUAUAACAGCCUCCACUCUUCUGGGAAGGCUUUCCACAUUGCUGCAGGGACUUGCUUCCAUUCAGCAUCAAGAGCAUUAGUGAGGAGUGGCACUGGUGUUGGGCGAUAAGCAGUCCGCGUUCCAAUUCAUCCCAAAAGUAAUGGGGUUAAGGUCAGGGAUCUGUGCAAGCCAGUCAAGAUCUUCCACACCGAUUUGCGACAAACCAUUUCUGUAUGGAGCUCGCUUUGAACACAGGGGCUUUGUCAUGCUGAAACUGGAAAGGGCCUUCCCCAAACUGUUGCCACAAAGUUGGAACCACAGAAUCAUAUAGAAUGUCAUUGUAUGCUGUAGCGUUAAGAUUUCCCUUCACUGGAAGUAACGGGCCUAAACCUAACCAUGAAAAACAGCCCCAGACCAUUAUUCCUCCUCCACCAAACAUUACAGUUGGCACUAUGCAUUUGGGCAGGUAGCGUUCUCCUGGCAUUUGUCAAACCCAGAUUCGUCGGACUCCAGCUGACGCUUGGCAUGGUGAUCUUAGUCUUGUGCAGUUGAAACGCUGGAAACCUGUUUUGAGGCCAACAUUUUUACAAAAAAAUUUUUUUACAUUUUUUUGGGGGGGGGCAUGUUACUAAUAAAGCCGCAUACAAACACGGUCUCUUUUUUGUUUUCUUGAGUAAGGCAACUCCAAAAUGCAGGUGUUUCAGCCAAGCUCAGUGUUCUGUCACUCAUGAGGACACUUUGUCACUGCCAAGUCUAAUGGUAAUGCAACCUUUAUUUAACUAGGCAAGUCAGUGAAGAACACAUUCUUAUUUACAAUGACGGCCUACCGGGGAACAGUGGGUUAACUGCCUUGUUCAAGGGCAGAACGACAUAUUUUUACCUUGUCAGCUCGGGGAUUCGAUCCAGCAACCUUACAGUUUCUGUCCCAACGCUCUAAACACUAGGCUACCUGCCGCCCCACAAGAACUAGAAAAUUAGAUCUAGAAAAUUCUAGUCCCUUGGGUGCUGCCAUAGAGUUACAUUAGAAGUGCCCAUCCAAGAAAGCUCAAGGUCAUUGGCCACAGAUAAAAUGACAUCAAAUUAAGUUAUAUGUACAGCAGCUUUGAUUGGACUGAUCAUGUUUUAUUUAUUUGUAUUUCACCUUUAUUUAACCAGGGAGGCCAGUUGAGAAUAAGUUCUCAUUUACAACUGCGACCUGGUCAAGAUAAAGCAAAGCAGUGCGACAAAUACAACAACAGAGAGUUACACAUAAACAAACGUACAGUCAAUAACACAAUAGAACAAUCUAUGUACAGUGUGUGCAAAUGUAGAAGAGUAGGGAGGUAAGGCAAUAAAUAGGCCAUGGAAGCGAAAUAAUUACAAUUUAGCAUUAUCACUGGAGUGAUAGAUAUGCAGAUGAUGAUGUGCAAGUAGAGAUACUGGGGUGCAAAAGAGCAAGAGGAUAAGUAACAAUAUGGGGAUGAGGUAGUUGGGUGUGCUAUUUACAGAUAGGCUGUGUACAGGUACAGUGAUCGGUAAGCUGCUCUGACAGCUGAUGCUUAAAGUUAGAGAGGGAGAUAUAAGUCUCCAGCUUCAGUGAUUUUUACAAUUAGUUCCAGUCAUUGGUAGCAGAGAACUGGAAGGAAAGGCGGGCAAAGUAAGUGUUGACUUUGGGGGUGACCAGUAAAAUAUACCUGCUGGAGCGCGUGCUACGGGUGGGUGUUGCUAUGGUGACCAGUGAGCUGAGAUAAGGCGGGGCUUUGCCUAGGAUAGACUUACAGAUGCCCUGGAGCCAGUGGGUUUGGCGACGAAUAUGUAGUGAGGGCCAGCCAACGAGAGCAUACAGGUCGCAGUGGUGGGUAGUAUAUGGGGUUUUGGUGACAAAACAGAUGGCACUGUGAUAGACUACAUCCAGUUUGCUGAUGAGUUUUGUAAAUGACAUCGCCGAAGUCAAGGAUCGGUAGGAUAGUCAGUUUUACAAUGAGGCAAUGAUCACUGAGAUCCUGGUUGAAGACAGCAGAGGUGUAUUUAGAGGGCAAGUUGGUCAAGAUGAUAUCUAAGAGGGUGCCCAUGGUUACGGAUUUAGGGUUGUACCUGGUAGGUUCCUUGAUAAUUUGUGUGAGAUUGAGGGCAUCGAGCAUAGAUUGUAGGACGGCCGGGGUGUUAAGCAUAUCCCAGUUUAGGUCACCUAGCAUCACAAGCUCUGAAUAUAGAUGGGGGGCAAUCAAUUCACAUAUGGUGUCCAGGUCACAGCUGGGGGCUGAAGGGGGUCUAUAACAAGCGGCAACAAUGAGAGACUUGUUUCUGGAAAGGUGGAUUUUUAAAAGUAGAAGCCCGAAUUGUUUGGGAACAGACCUGGAUAGUAUAACAGAACUCUGCAGGCACUUGGUCCACCUUGGCAGUUCUAUCUUGUCGGAAAAUGUUGUAGUUGGGGAUGGAAAUUUCAGCAUUUUUGGUGGCCUUCCUAAACCAGGAUUCAGACAUGGCUAGGACAUCUGGGUAGGCGUGUGCUAAAGCAGUGAAUAAAACAAACUUAGAGAGAAGGCUUCUGAUGUUAACAUGCAUGAAACCAAGGCUUUUAUAGUUAGAAGUCAACAAAUGAGAGCACAUGAGGAAUGGGAGUGGAGAUAGGUGCUGCAGGGCCUGGGUUAACCUCUAUAUCACCAGAGGAACAGAGGAGGAGUAGGAUAAGGGUACGGAUAAAGGCCAUAAGAACUGGUUGUCUAGUGCGUUCAGAACAGAGAGUAAAAGGAGCAGAUUUCUGGGCGCGAAAGAAUAGAUUCAAGGAAUAAUGUACAGAUAAGGGUAUGGUAGGAUAUCAAUACAGUGGAGGUAAACCUAGGCAUUGAGUGGCGAUGAGAGGUUUUGUCUCUCGAGGCACCAUUUAAGCCAGGUGAGGUCACCACAUGAGUGGGGAGUGGAACAAAAGGGCUAGCUAAGGCAUAUUGAGCAGGGCUGGAGGCUCUACAUCGAAAUAACACAAUAAUCACUAGCCAAAACAGCAAUGGACAAGACAUAUUGACAUUAGGGAGAGGCAUGCGUAGCUGAGUGAUCAUAGCGUCCAGUGAGUAGCUAGGCGAGCUGGAGACACAGCAAUUCAGACAGCUAGCGGGCCGGAGCUAGCAGGCUAGCAGAAGGGCCUUCGGUGGACCCCCUCGGAAGGUUACGAGGGGGUCCAGUUGUGAUGGAUCGUUGGCACUCCGUGUUGGCAGUAAAAGGGUCCAGGCCAAUUGGCAAAAUAGGUAUUGUAACCCCAAAAAUUGGCUGAUGGACCUCUUCAGCUAGCCAGGAGAUGGGCCUAGCUCAAGGCUAGCUCCAAGCUAAUUGGUGCUUGCUUCCGGACAGAGACGUUAGCCAGGAGUAGACACUCAGAUAGCAGCUAGCUAGCUGCGAUGAUUCGGUGUAAAGGUUCAGAGCUUGUGGUAGGAAUCCAGAGAUGUGGUAGAGAAAAAGCAGUCCAAUAUGUUCUGGGUUGAUAUCGCACUGUGCACACUGGCAGGAAUUGACUGGGCUGUCAACAUCAUACUUUCAAAAUCUUAGCUAGCAGUCAUCAUCAUGAAUCAAGUCGACAAUCUACUGGCAAAUCCUUUUUAAUUAUUGUCAUAUUAAGAGAAAUAAUGAAGAGAAAUGAUAGAUUAAACGUAUUGGUGCUCAUCGGCCAUAAACAUUACACAACAAGUUAGAAAUCCCAAAUUCAACAAUGAGUGGUUUGGAAAGAAUCAGUGACAGUGGCUAACUUCAAGCUUUGCAAACCAAUCACUAGCCUGCUAUUCAGUGGAAUGGCUGUGUGGUCCCAAAUCUGGGAUUAAGGGGCUUUUUUGCAAGUUUAAAAUUAUAAACAUUCACAUGGCCAUGCUGUCAAUGAAACAUAAUUUGUGCCGUGGUCUAAACAACUUAACUUGGAACUGCGAAAACAACUGGGAAGUCGGGAAUAAAUGCAUUGGAAAAUACAUUUUGAACGGUCAUCCAACUCGGAACUGUAAAUCUGGUCUCUUUCUACAGCUAUGACCUGAAGAUCAAUGACGUCAUCACGAUUUGACCUCGUUUUCCCCCCUCCAGAGUUCCCAGUUGUUUUGAAAGCACCAUAAAUCCAGAGAAUGACAGACUUUGAUGACAAAAUAUGCCCAUGAAGGACGUGCCACCUUCCUGUUCAAGUGAGCACAGCACAACAAGGUGAGUCCAAAAAUGUAUUGUAUGCUCCUGCAUAAAUUAUGUAAUAUUCCAGGGACAUAUGCAUACUGUAGCUAAGAAAGUAAUACUAAGUGUAUGUUGUGCAGUAAGAUGUUAGUACCCCAUGUGCCUCACACUAAUAAUUUGGUCCAUAUACCCCUCUUAAAUUUUGCCUACUGUUCUGACUUGGUGGUGUACAUGUAGCAUUUAACCUGUUUUAGAGAACUGUAAUCAUUGAAUAUUGUAAGAGCUUUCAUUGUCUGCUUAUAUGCCCCCUUUAUUUAUCCUACGGUUCUUCUGACUUGGUGUACAGGGAGAACACUAUAAGAAUGGCCCAUGUUCUGAAUUGUGGCGCUGUACAUUUCAAUAGUGCAAAACAAAGUUAUAUUAAAUGUAAAAUAUUGACUAUGUCCGUCCUACUGUAGCUCGCUCAAUGUCUUAAUCGAAAUUACAGAUUGAUUCAUCUGCUUGUCGUCACCUUAUAUCAUAGUUUGUACAUCUCAAUUGUCAGUAGACACCACAUUUGUUUUAGCAAGUCAGCCAUAUCAGCUAUGUUUUUUUAAAGGCAGUAAAUGAGGCUGAAUAAACAGUUUUUCACUGCCAGACAAGGCUCUGCUGAUAGCCAGGUGUAGCAGUGGUAAGGUAUUGAGACUGCUGUUGGUUGGGAAAGCUUUAUGUAGGCCCUAACAGUUUGUGGGCAUUGUUUGUCACUGUUGUAGUGCAAUUAAUGUAUUGUUUAGUGUUGUGUUGUGGCUUUGCUGGGAUGCAUCCCUCUUUUAUUUUCCCCCAUCAAGAUUUACAUGCUAAAAUCGCUACUGGUCUUGUGUGCGUGCGGCUGCUCGGUCAUAGAAACCCAUUUCAUGAAGCUCCCGAUGAACAGUUAUUGUGCCGACCUUGCUUCCAAAGGCAGUUUGGAACUCGGUAGUGAGUGUUGCAACCGAGGACAGACAGUUUUGUAUGCACUACAGCACUCGGUGGUCCCAUUUUGUGAGAUUGUAUGGCUUACCACUUCACAUCUGAGCCGUUGUUGCUCUUAGACAUUUCCACUUCACAAUAACAGUACUUACAGUAGACCGGGGCAGCUCUAACAGGGCAGAAAUUUGACAACCUGACUUGUUGGAAAGGUGGCAUCCUAUGACACUGCCACGUUGAAAGUCACUAAGCUUUUCAGUAAGGCCAUUCUACUGCCAAUGUUUGUUUAUGGAGAUUCCAUGGCUGUGUAGUCGAUUUUGUACACCCGUCAGCAACGAGUGUGGCUGAAACAGCCACAUCCACACAUUUUAAAGAGGUGUCCACAUACUUCUGUAUAUAUAGCGUAUUUAACUCUUUAUAGAGUGAAAUAUUUAACUCUUUCUGGGUGUAGAGAUAGAGACCCAGCUGCACCUGAUUUCAGUCAGAGCUGGGUGCAGGCAGAGUACAGGGUGAAAGACCUCUUUCAUUCCACCCUCAUAAUCAGCACAAACACACUCUUUGACGCUCCGCUCUGCUUAUAGACCAACUCAUUUUCAUUCCUAUCCAUCUCUACAGAAUUUUCAGACGGGGCCGGCUGUGUGUGUAUAUGAGUGUGUGUGGGUGGGUGUCGUCCCAAAUACACAAGUCCGGCAGAACAAGACCUGACUCACACUCACUCCCACAAACACACUCAAAGAAAUGCAAACGUGUACACGGAGAGUACAAAUCAUUUUUAUUAAAUCAAACUUAAUUUCUCCUCUUUCUGGGUGACAACGUAUCGCAAAUAUUUCUAUACAUAAAAUAAUACCUCAACAACCAAAAAGCACAUGCAUCAGAUAGAAUAUAGAUUUAUUUGUAUUUAUGUGACGAGAAUAGAAAGAGGGAGAUUAAAUAAUGAUGGAAGAUUGCACUGCGGUAUUAAGUGGAGUGAGGCAGAGAAGAGCUGUCAUAGACACCUGGAUAAAGGCAUGGCUGUGUCCCAAUUGUCUUAACACAUUUCCUUACUAACCACUGCUAUGUAAGGAUUUGAUAGGUGAAAGCAAUAUUGUGAAACCGCUCAGCUAUUUUUGAAGGAAAGAAAACAAGGGAGUAAUUUACGAGUAUUGGGACCCAGCCACCAUGUUUGGCACUGGCUUUGGGAGAAGCAUUGGCUCGCUGAUGUUUGGCUUCCAUGGACGAGGAGUAGGCUCCCAUUGCAUAACCUCUAACAUUCCCCAUCAGGAUUUGUCCUUCCAGAAGGGAGAAAAGCAGAACUCCAUGUUUUUGGAAAGAUGUGAAUAGUAAAAAAAAAUGAGUAAGGGGGGAAUUAGCGAAGCAUGCAGUUCUAUUUUCUACAGAACGUCAACAAGGCACAGUGGCAGGAAAGGGUCGAGCUUCCUGUUAGAGAUCGAGGAAGUGAGUGAAGGAAGAGGCGGGGCACUGCCAGCAGUGUUCAGACACACUCACAAGCAAGGGGCGUGGUGACACACACUCUCUCAUAUCUUCUGGAACUUAACUGACAAGGCAUAAUGCAACAUCUCUACUCUGAACUGUGAGUGUGUUUCAAUCACUUAAAAAAAUCAUAAACACAAUUUCUGUUGAAAUGCUGUGAUGCUGGGGUAA